AUGAGUGAAGAGGAGCCACAAAAGAGAGAUGAGGGAGUUGUGGUGAGAAAUGAGGGUGAGUUUGAAAAUGAGAUAGUUGAUGAUGAGAGAAAGGAGCCACAAAAGAAAAAUGAGGGAGAUGAGGAAAAGGUAGAAAAGCCCCCCAUGAAAGUAUACAAGCCUCCUAUUCCAUUCCCCCAUAGGAUUGUUGAAAAGAAAUUGAAUGAAAGGUUUUCAAAUUUUCUUGAAGUCAUGAGAGGACUUCAAGUGAAUAUCCCCUUUCUUCAUGCUAUGUCACAAAUGCCUACAUAUGCGAAAUUUUUGAAGGAUCUUCUAUCCAACAAGAGUAGGCUUGGGGAGAGUGCAACCAUCUCCCUUCCCAAGGAGGUGAGCGCUAUCAUUCAAAAUAAGUUUCCUCAAAAUCUUGGUGACCCUGGUAGCUAUGCAAUACCGGUGAAGAUUGGAGACUUGGAAGCUAUGGAUGCUUUAUGUGAUCUUGGGGCAAGUGUGAUCUUGAUGCCCUAUUCUAUAGCAAAGAUUUUGAAGGUUGGAGACUUCAAGCCAACAAUAAUGUCCCUACAAUUGGUCGACCGCACGGUUAGGCUACCUUUGGGAAUUCUUGAAGAUAUACUGGUUCAAGUCGGGAAAAUAUUUGUGCCUUGUGACUUCGUAGUAAUGGAAAUGGAAGAAGACACAAGAGUACCCCUCAUCUAG